GAGAAACUGUAUCCCGGCUGGAUCGUCCGGAUUUAUCACAAUUUUCACAGUGAAAACGACCCAGACAAUUUUUUUUUCCAAACAGUUGUGCGAAUUGAAUUGCCAGUUCAAUCACCUCGACCUGUGCAGUGUUACAGAUAUCACAGCGAACAUCACAUCACUGACACCCAUCGAUCCAGCUCUCCUUCGAGGACUCAACGGAAGGAUGUUCCGCUUUUUGGUUAUGCUCGAUCCCAAUGUCGACGUUUUCAUUUCAAGGGACACAGACAGUGUCAUCUUGCGGAUAGAAGUCGACGCUGUUGACGAAUGGCUACGCUCCAACUACACCUUUCAUCUGAUGAGGGAUCACAAGAAUCACACGGCAAUUAUUUUGGCAGGAAUGUGGGGAGUUAAACUUCACCAACGCAGAGAUCUCAUUGAAGGUUUGACAAGAGCCAUGAUACUGGCCGGCCAAGAUCAGCAAAAAAGUACAGACCAAACGUUGUUGGAUAAGAUCGUAUGGCCUUCAGCCCAGUAUGAUGUGAUGGCUCAUGACAGCUACCAUUGCGAAAGAAAUGAACUGAACAAGAAAUCUCCGCUAAAAGUUUUACCGUUCCCCACAAUGCGCAAUGGCAGUUACUUCGUCGGUGGUGUUGGUGAAAAUUCUAAUGAAAUCCCAUCAAAAUGUCCAGAAACAUGUCGACCAACAGAUCACAAGGACUGGGAAUACUGUUGAUAUGUUGAUAUCUAUUAAGUCAAAAUCUGUUCGAAAAUACAAUGAAAGUUGCCCAU